AUGUUUAGUUGGUUAGGGCGCGCGUCGACGUCGGCGGCGGCGGCGGAGCCGAAGUGGGCGGCAGUUUCGACUUACUGUCGGCGACAUGGGGUGAAUCGGGGGGCGGUUCAGUGCCGAAAGCGGUGGAGUAAUCUCGCCGGAGAUUACAAGAAGAUAAAGGAGUGGGAGAUCCGGCGAGAGAUGAGAGGGGAGCCGGAGUCGUUCUGGGCGAUGAGGAACGAUUUGAGGAGGGAGAGAAAGUUGCCGGGGUUCUUUGAUCGGGAGGUGUAUGAUAUACUUGACGGCGUGUCGCCGGCGGCGGCAUCGUCGGCGGCGCGGGCGGCUCCGGCGGUGGAGGAAGAGGGGGAUGUAGAGGAGGUGGUGUUUGAUAGCGGACGGAGCGCGGCGGAUGAUGGUCUCUUUUCGGAUUUUGAGGAGGAGAAAGAGGCGGAGGAAGGGGACGAAAGCGAGAUGGAGAGGCCGACGCCGCCCGUGGAGGUCGUUCCGAUUUCUGAGAAGAAGUUGGAAUUAGUUCAAGAGGAGGAAUCUACUCCAGGUUAUGCUUUGUUUCAUUGAGUUUUUUUUUUUCUUAAUAUAUUUUUGCUGCUAAUUUUACCAUGAAAUCGACUUUUGUUUUCAAGUUAUCUUCUUGUUUAUCAUAAGAUAUUCAUCUGAGUUCCAACUUUGGAGUAACAACAAAUUGAUCAA